CCUCUUACAGCUUCCUGGUCACCAGGGCGUUGACUUUGCUUCUGUGUGUAUUUCUUUUACUCUCUCUGAGCUUGUUUAACUGUCAGCAGCAGGUAAUUAACAUCAUCAGGUCUGAACCCGGAUUAAUCCUAUCCCGCUACUUAAGCUGGACAUCUACUGGACGGUCCUGAAACACACCUUACCUCCUCAAUCUACCUGCUUCCUCUCGCGUGCUGAUCCAGCAUGCAGCCUCUCAGGACGCUCUGCCCUCUCAUGCUCAUGAUUUUACUGUGUGACAGUAGCUGCCCCCCUGAGUCCAACCCCCUCACCCUGGAUCCUCCUGUGGUUGUAGGAGAACUCGGAGAGACAGUGGGUGUAAACUGCAGCAGUGUGAAGGAGGAUCAUUAUGGGAUGUACUGGAGAACCAGAAACACAGACUCUAAAGUGGAAGAGGACAAUAGUUUCAUCGCUGAGUCUCUGCAACUCUCAGACUGGAAUACAACAGCUGAGUGCAAAAUAAAGCUGAAUGAAAUUUCUGAAUGCAGCAAAGAGCUGGAAAUCAUCGUGUACAAGAACCCAGACCUGUCGAUGUAUCCCACAAAAUAUUUGACUGAUUUGGUGGAAGGGAAGCCCUUCGAGCUACAAUGUGAUAUCAUCGAGGUUGCUCCCGUUCAAAAACUCACUGUGAGGUGGUACAAAGGCAAACAAAUCAUCAAGACAGACACCUUCAGCAACACAACCAAAAGACCGGUGGACGAGUCUUCUACUCUGAUGGUCAACAUCAGCAGAGGGGACCACGGGGCUCAGUUUCGAUGUGAAGCUCAGCUGGACUUUGGGCCUCAUAGAGUACAAACUCCUGUUAUUUCUAAGCCGCAUCAAGUUUCUGUUCUGUAUUCCCCUGCAUUCAAGAGAAACACAGUAAGUGAUUAUUACAUAUUGAAAGAGGGUGUUAAUGUCAGCCUGCUCUGUGAAGCUGAGGGGAACCCCCCUCCUGUCUUCAGUUGGACUCGUGAUGGGCUGAAUUUGUCGGAGACGACAGAUCAUUUGAACCUUACUCGAGUAGAAAACAGUUCAAUCUACAACUGCACAGCCUCCAAUCGUCUUGGAAGCAUAACUAAGCGAAUCAGUGUUCAGGCAAUAAAAGUGGCCAAGAUGCCGGUCCCUGAAGUCAUGACCACCCCAGAGGCAACAACACCAACACCGACUUACCCAGAGGUAUCAACAUCAGCUGCCCCGGACACAUCAACACCAACCACUUCUGAGUCACCAACACCAGCCACUGAAGCUUCAACACCAGCCACUGAAGCUUCAACACCAGCCUACACAGAGGCUUCUACAGCACAAGGUUGCCUUCUCGUAUUGACACCUCCCGAAAUCGUGGUGAAAUUUGGAGAUCCAGCUACAGUGAACUGCAGCACAUCAGCCCCAGAUGCUUAUGUAAUGGGCUGGGAGUCAACAGUAGGAGGCACAGGGGUUGUAAAUCCACCGGCAGUCACCUGGAGGGUUAAAAAAUUGGAACAGUGGACCAUAGAACCUAAGUGUUUCGUCUCUACAGAACGGGAGCAGUGCAUUGUGACGCCAAAGGUCACUCUUUACAAAACUCCCGACAUGGUGUCAAUCUCUGUAAUGAAUCCUGGACCGAUGGUGGAGGGCAAAGACUUUUCCCUGAUAUGUAACAUCUCCAAUGUGGCUCCUGUUAGGAACCUCAAAAUACAGUGGUACAGAGGCGCCGUACAUGUGGACAAGCAAACAAUUAAUAACACCAUUGUGACCCCACUCAGUGUGUCUUCUACCCUGAGAAUCACACCUAGGAGAGGUUUUGACCAAUCAGAGUUUAGAUGCAUUGCUGAGCUUCAUCUUGGACCGUAUGGUCCACGGCCAGUCCCGACUAUGACCUCAUUGCCUUACAUAGCUGAUGUGCACUAUCUCCCCAUUUUCAAGGAAAGUUACAUUAGAGAGAUUAUCCUGGCCCAGGGUGAAAAUGUGACUUUUAACUGCACUGCUGAGGGCAACCCUUCCCCUAAGAUGCAAUGGAAGUUCCCCUCUGCAGUGAAUGUGAUAGAGACCACUGGGGGGCGCUACAGGAAUAUCAGCAUCAUAGGAGCCACGUCUACCAAUGCUGGUGUUUACAUCUGUAAUGCCACGAAUGACAUUGGGACUGUGACAAGAUCUGUCACAGUGAGAAUGCGAAGUAAAACUAGUGCGGGCCCCUCAUGGUUUAUAUGGGUUAUUGUUAUUCUUUGUGUGGUUGUCUUGCUCUGCAUCAUCGUGGUCAUUCUCCAACAUCGCCAGAAAAAAAAUGGACAAUAUAGUUUUGUCUUAAGCAAAGCCACGGAUGAUAUCCCAAUGACAGAUAAGCCUGAAGCUUAGGAUAUGAAUGACUUGAUGGAUAUCAGUGUGGGGACUGAUAGCUUAAGAAAACAUGUUGUUCUAUCAGCAUGGCAAAAUGGCCUGUACAUUUUGUAUUUUCUAACCUUUUUUAAAACACAAAAUGUAAUUAGAGUAAUCUAGUGAAAAUGAUCAGUGAUUUUGAACAUUUAUUUUAAUUUGUCAUUCUUGAAAGUCUAACAUACAUUUUUAUCUUUUGAAAUAAACACAGUAACCUGUA